AUGGCAAAGUGGAAACUUCUUGAAAAGUCAGAGCAUGGCGCUGAGAGGAUGGAUGGUGUGACCAUCUUAGGUGAUAAUAGUGGUCCUGGUUCUUCUCUAAAGGAAGCAGGUGUUCAAAGCACUGUGAUGGCAAAAUUGAAUGGCAGCACAUUUGCUUCAAGAAAGAAGAUGAGGCCAGUUUGUGGAGAAGUGUCUCCUGAAGUCAUGAUAUUAGGACACUUAAAACAUGUGACAGAUGCAUUAAGAAGGAUCGUUUUGUCAGCUAUGAAAGUUACACGAAGGCUUCUGAGUAUCAGUGUUUACCUUUGUGAUGUAGCACUUCCCUCUGUUGUCCAAACUGAUAAAAUCCAGCACUCUAGAAACAGCCAGAACUCCCUCCCUCUGUUAUUUGUAAGCUUACAUGAGGUAGACAGACACCUUCUGAAGUUUAAUGCAUGCUCUGUUUUCUCUCCUGACUGCAACAGGAAAGCCUUGUUUGUGUUUUACCUGGCUGCCCUUGAAGAAGUGCCUCCGACAUCUUCAUGGCCUCUAAAGCUAAUGACAAAAGUAUUUGAAACUAGUGCUGAAAAAAAUCUCCAGAGCCAAAAAAGUAGGAUUCUGCCUGGUUUUCUUCCUGGAGUUCCAGACUCAGACCAAAGCUUUCGAGCCUCACCUUCCAAUGCAGAAAACCAAGUAUGGCAGCCGGGUCUCUCUCCACCAAGUUCCCUGCCAACAGUCAGUCUCCCUCCUGGUCUAGAAUAUUUAAGCCAGUUAGACCUGAUAAUUAUACACCAGCAGGUGGAGCUGCUUGGAAUGAUACUUGGCACUGAGACCUCUAAUAAAUAUGAGAUUAAAAACAGCCUGGGACAAAGAAUUUACUUUGCAGUGGAGGAAAGCAUCUGCUUCAACCGUACUUUCUGUUCCACACUGCGAUCUUGCACCCUGAGGAUCACGGAUAACUCAGGUCGAGAGGUGAUUACCGUAAACAGGCCCUUGAGGUGUAACAGCUGCUGGUUCCCUUGCUACCUACAAGAGUUAGAAAUUCAAGCACCUCCUGGUACUAUAGUUGGUUAUGUCACACAGAAGUGGGACCCGUUUCUGCCUAAAUUCACAAUCCAAAAUGCAAACAAAGAAGAUAUUUUGAAAAUUGUUGGUCCUUGUGCAACGUGUGGCUGUUUUGGCGAUGUGGAUUUUGAGAUAAAAACUAUUAAUGAAAAGCUUACAAUUGGGAAGAUUUCAAAAUAUUGGUCAGGAUUUGUAAAUGAUGUCUUCACAAAUGCUGACAACUUUGGAAUUCAUGUGCCAGCUGAUCUGGAUGUGUCAGUCAAAGCAGCAAUGAUUGGCGCUUGUUUUCUCCUUGAUUUCAUGUUCUUUGAACAUUCACUGGCUGGAUUAUAACAAGCAUGAUAAUGAAAACAAUAAAAUAUGCAGAACAUAUUUCA